CACAGGAAGAGCUGAGAGUAUUUAAAGAAAGAGUUGAGAUCAUAUAAUGAAGAGGAAGACUGACAGAAAGAGAAGAUGGCUGAUAAGUGUCACUUGUGUCUGCUGGGACUGAUCUUUCUCUCUUCACUUCUCACAGGUCUCAGUGAAGUGGAUCAUGUGUUCAUCAGUUCUGGUGAAGAUGUCCGUCUGCCCUGUAAUAAUGCUCUUCAUGACUGUAAAUCAACUUCAUGGAUCUAUAACAGAUUCAGACAUACAGAGACAGUUGAACUGAUCACUGGAGGGAUAAAGACGACAGACACAGAGAGACAUGAGAGACUGAAUCUGGGGUCUGACUGCUCUCUGAACAUCAAGAGCGUCACAAAAGAAGAUUGUGGACUUUACUUCUGCAGACAAUAUGUGAAUGAUCAACAACAAGGAACUGAUGCUCGUGUUUAUCUGCAUGUUCUUCAUGUCUCUUCAUCACCGUCACAGACUGAGAUCAGUGCAGGUCUCUCUCUGACUCUCUCCUGUCAGUUGUAUUCAUAUUCAUCAUAUCCUCGAGUCUCUUGUGAUGAUUUGAUCCGUUCUGAACGAAUUGAUCUGUUCUGGGUGAAUCAGGCUGGUGUUAAACUGACAAACUCAGACUCCAGAUAUCAGAUAUCAGCUCCAGAUCACUGUAUCAUCUCUCUGAAGACAACAAUCCUGAAUGAAGAUCACAACAGAGAGUGGAGAUGUGAAGUUACUCACAGAGAUCAAGUCCAGACCUCAGUCUCAUACACUGUCAAGAUCUCAGAUCAAGCUGAUUCAACGACAGCAGUCACAAACUCUCAGCAUCGCUCAACUACAAACACAGAUGACACUGAAGAUCAAGCUGAUUUAACGACAGCAGUCACAAACUCUCAGCAUCGCUCAACUACAAACACAGAUGACACUGAAGAUCAAGCUGAUUCAACGACAGCAGUCACAAACUCUCAGCAUCGCUCAACUACAAACACAGAUGAAACUGAAGAUCAAACUAAAAGAGUAACAGCAUUGACUCCAGCAGAAACGUCUACACAAGUGAUUGUGAUUGUGAUUGUUGUCGGUGUUUCGGUCGCUCUUCUUCUUCCUGCUCUGAUUCUUUGGCUGAUUCGUAAAAAAAGAGCCGAUGUCAGAAGAGAGACUGAUGACUCUGUGGAGCAGACAGACGAUGUGACUUAUACUGAAGUUACUGUGUGCAGUAAAAACAGAGCCAAGAAGAACAAGGUUCGCUGUGAUGAUAAAGUGACUUACGCUUCCAUCAGAGGAACAAAAGCUGGAGCUCAGGAAAACUGCAGUCAACUUUAUGCCUCUGUGAACAAGAACCAUCACAAAUCAGACACAUAUGCAAAUUCAUAUGCAUUGUUAAUCCUUUGAUCUUUCAUUUAAAAAAUCACAAAGAUUUAUCCUAUCAUUGUAUAAUAAUAUUUAAAAUGAGGGGGAAAAUAUCAUUAUGAAAUAAACUUUUUUUCUUUCUUUUUUUUAGCUGUAGUAUGAUUCGCUGUCCAAACAAAAACGCAAAGGCGGUGUCCUCAAAUUGAUCCACUCUGGGACCCGGUUUAAAAAAACAUUGGUUUCACUCUUCCAAAACACAGGAUCCCUGAGAAGAAACACCUAUCCGAUAAAAAAAAUUGUGCGUAUUCACAGAAACGCGUCUCCGUGUGGAUGGGAAAAAAAAAGGAAAAAAGAAAAAUUUUGGAAACCCUCAAUUUUACUGUUUCCCUCUCAAACGUGAUUGGAUUGUGCAGGCGCCAGAUCCGUGUAAGUUUUGAUAAUUUCAUUUCUUAUUUAGAAUGCAAUAACAAGAAAUGGAAAAAUGGCUCAUUUAUUCGUUAUUCCGUUAAGUUUAACAAAUGGAAAAUUUUAUUUUGGCUCACUUUCUAAUUUUUUUCAUUUGAGAUUAAAAAAUUGUUUUGGCUUCGCACUUGAGCUGAAACACUCCUCUCAUCUGAUUGGUCGAAUUGCUCCGCCUUCAGCGUGGUCUUUUUAUUCUUUCAGACAGAAUAAGAGUGCAGCACUAUAAUGUCUGAAACCACCACUCACUGUUAAAUAGCAUAAUAUUUGAAUCAGAUGUAGCUGGGCAAAGUGACCCCUUUAAACUAUUUCUAGGUUACAGUAUUGUAUGAAUAUUGUCCCACUGAUAAAUACAGUGCAAAUAGUUCUUCUAGUCUUCUUUGUUGGGUUUGAGAAAGCAAACAUAUAUUUGAACAUUAUUAUUAUUUAUUAUGAGAGUGAUUUGACACCGACUAGAACUUUAAUGUUUAACCAAAUUCAGUUCAGAUCUUCGUCUGACUCGUUGCUGUAUAACUGGUCAGACUUUUACCUUCUCAAAAAAUCCUAGUGACUUUCAUUAUAUAAGCGAUGAAGGCCUUAACACUUAAUGUCCACUAGAAAGGGCUUAAAGACUUUAGCCCUAUUCGGACGGGACUAGUUUUACAGGGGGUCGUUAGAGAAAUCUGCGUUUCACAGACGUACUUGGUGAUUUUAAUCCCGUCCGAAUCUGCCACGUCUGUGUUUUUCUCACACAACCUCUGUGAUAAUUCCAGAGCAAAUUACCCACUGUUUUUCAGCAAACUCAGUGAUCCUCUGAGAAAACUAAUCCCGUCCGUAUGCGAAUGUUUGUGUUUGCCAGUGAUAUUUUAUUUCACAACGCGUUUCCUUGUGUGUUUUGGCCAACGUGAAUUACCGUAGAUGCUCUUACCGCGCGGAUGUUUGAUAUAUUUGCUUAGCGGCAAAUAAAAAUAAAUAAUAAUAAAAAAGUAAUACAAAUAAUAAAAUCGAGAGCAAAAUCGCGUAAACUGUUAAUACCGGCUAUUGUAAUAUCAGCAUCAGGUAAGAUUACUCACGUUCAUUUAUGUACUCAGUUACAUAAUGUUUUAAUUAGAUUUAAUAAAAAAAAAAAAAAAAAGGAAAACAAGUUAAACUAAAGGAACCACACAUUAACAUGGUUUUGCCAUGCUAGCCAUUUAGUAUUUAUUGUGUAAUAAUUAGGGAUGGGAAGAUUCCCCGAUUCGCUCGGUGCAUCGGCUUAAAAAGUUAAAGAUGCGAUGCAUCUGUUUAAAAAGUGUGCAUCGGAUUCAAAUUGGCUUUUGUAUCGCGAUGCA